UAAAGGUCUUCAUUGGUCUGACAACAACGAGUGGACCCGUCUGCUUUUCCGAACGGGGAACUUCUCAUCAUCAUCACCAGCUUCUAGCUAAAUAAAGACUGUGCAGCAGAUAUAUAUAUAUAUAUAUAUAUUGUAUGAAUAUAAGUAAUAUAUUAUAAUAAACCAUGGCUGCCUACAAAUUGGUGCUGAUCCGCCACGGAGAGAGCAACUGGAACCAGGAGAAUCGGUUCUGCGGCUGGUUCGAUGCCGAUUUGAGCGAAACCGGCGAGAAGGAGGCGAGGAGAGGAGGACAGGCCCUGAAAGAUGCCGACUUUGAGUUUGACAUCUGCUUCACUUCCGUGCUGAAGCGGGCCAUCAGGACACUGUGGCUCGUCCUGGACGGCAUCGACCAGAUGUGGGUGCCGGUCCAUCGGACCUGGCGGCUCAACGAGCGCCACUACGGAGGCCUGACGGGGCUUAACAAGGCGGAGACGGCCGCCAAGCACGGAGAGGAUCAGGUGAAGAUCUGGAGGCGCUCGUUUGAUAUCCCUCCUCCCCCCAUGGGCCCAGACCAUGACUACGACACUAUCAUCAGCAAGGAUCGUCGCUACGCGGACCUGACUGAGGAGCAGCUCCCGUCCUGCGAGAGCCUUAAGGACACCAUCGCGCGGGCGCUGCCCUUCUGGAACGACGAGAUCGCCCCGCAGAUCAAGCAGGGGAAGAGGGUGCUCAUCGCAGCCCAUGGAAACAGCCUGAGGGGGAUUGUCAAGCACCUGGAGGGGAUGUCGGAUGAGGCCAUCAUGGAACUGAACCUGCCCACAGGCAUCCCCAUCCUCUAUGAGCUCGACAAGAACCUGAAACCCGUGAAGCCAAUGCAGUUCCUGGGGGACGAGGAGACUGUACGCAAGGCCAUGGAGGCCGUGGCUGCUCAGGGAAAGGCCAAGAAGUAAAGUAGUAAGGGGAAAAAAAACCCAUAGGUUCCACAGAACAACUGACAUCAGAAUAGUGUUUUUGUCUCGAAACCCUAACUUAUUUUGGAUUCUUACACAUGACGCACUGUAGAUUGUCAAUGAAGGCAACCUCACUCUACUUGUACAGUGCAGGGAUAGUGGAUGGUGAAAGGUUCAGAUAUAUUAGAGAAAUAUAUUAGAGAGCAACUGUACUCAAGAGAUUGUAAAAAUUUUUUUGCUAAAAUGGACCAUUAAUAUAAUAACCUUUGAUAAGGUAGCAUUGAUCAGGCAUUGGUUUGCCUGAGAACAUUCUGUAAAGCUAUUUAAGAUACUUAUUUUCAAAUGGACUGAUCGUGGUAAGUAAGUUAAAUCGUGUGUGUAUCAUCAUACUGACUUCAUCAUUUUCUUUCUAACAUAAAAGGGACGCCUGCAAAGGCUACAAGAUUUACUUUAUCUCACGUUUCAAAGCAUUUAACUGAUGCUGACGAUGAUGAAAGGAUGCAGUUUUGCAAUCUCUUGAGAGCAGGACGCGACAGCGGCGACCGCUAAACAGUCCUUUUCUCUUCAUGUCUCUUGUCUAUGACGGAUGUUUGUGCAGUGUCCUUGUGUGUUGUUGCUGUCUGUGUCGUGUCUGACAAUCUGUACUUUUCCUUUUUGUGCUCCACAAGGUUUGUUCUAUGUGAACCUCUUGCCAUGAGUAUUGCACCGCAGUAGCAACAAAAUGACUUGGAUUAUAUAGUCCCAAUGGUUUCACAAUAUCCCCGUGAAGUGAAAAUUGAACCACUGUCUUUGUUACUCUCGUUGACCACCUUUGCCUCUUGUUGUCAUAGUAUUCAUGUGCCUCCUGCUCAUACUGAUAUGCUAAGUGAAUGACUGCACCUUCAUUUUAAUCGGUCUGUGACUGGAACAUCCAGUUAUGUAUUACUGUGCUUUCAUUCUUUAAUAAAUGUUAUUCCUGCUGUUGUGUUGGUUAAAUGUACUCCGAAAGCUCUGACAUAUAAUAAAUGCUUGUGUCUGCUCAUCUAA